UGAGUGAGCCACUCCCCCAUGUUACAUAGCAACAAUUAAUUAAUUAACAAUCCAACAAUGGCGGAUCACGAUUCUCUACACAUCUCUGACUUACAAUCGACUGCUCUCUCGAGCCAAGGGGCUGGGGCUCCCCCUGGACAGAAUACGAUGGACCAAGAAAUAAAAACUAACAGGAAAUCAAGGAAUAGAAGAAGAACAAAGAAGAGUUCGCCUCAAAAUGAAGCCACAACAGUCCCUCCUCUAAAGUCUGCGGUCGAUAUUCCCCCCGACUCAAACCAGUUAAACGAGUCUUACAUGAACGCUUUACGGGCCAGAUUGGAUCCGCUGUCACACCCACCUGCUGCCAUGGAAACCGAAACACCCUCACUAAGCGAAGGGAGUGCGGGGGAAGGUUUUAAAGCAUCAAAACAAAAGAAAAAGAGGAGGAAAGAGGGAGGGACGGAGAAUACAAAUUUAUAUCCUUCAGGAGAAGGAGGUAAUGUUGAAAGGAGUCCUGCUGAAGAUCGUACAGUGUCACCUCCUCCUCUCCCUCCCUCUCUCCCUCAGCCUCCUCCUGUUAGUGUACAAUUAGAAGGAAGAGAACCAAAUGACCCACUUCUGCUGGUUGAUGAUGAAGAUGUUAUUGAUACAGUAGGAGGAGGAGGAGAAGGAGUUCAGCAAUACAUUAACACACACAAUAAAACUCAGUCUUCAUUGCUAGUUACAAAGGAAAGCAAUCACGGCAACAAUCUUGUCUUCCAGCAGCAAAAAGAUACUGGUGGAUUCAUUCAUCUUAAAGGAGGUCCUGGUUUGCAAGGAGAGGAAGGAGUUGAUGGUGGAGAGAUGUCAACUAGUGAUUUGAGUACUCCUCAUUUUGUCUUAGUUGUACAUUCUUUCCUUAAUACAAUGGUCAUGAUUAUGCAUGGAUUAAUAGCAGGAUUGUCAUUGUGGGACACUUCAGUCUCUUACUCUAUCAAUGCACAGCACAGCCAGUCAACACUUUUAUUCUAUUAUCAUCAUUUUCCACUCAUCCUCCAUGCCAUAUAUCUGUUUACCAUUACAAGUAUAAUCGUGAUACUGAUGGAUAGGUUGGAUAUUGCUAAGGUGACAGUUGAAUGCAUCAGAGGUUGCUUGCAAGGAAGCCUUCUGGCAAUUGGAGCAGCUUUCUUUUUCAUGCUAAUUGCUUUUAUGGUAACAAUUGUGUCUGCUUUCCUUGAUAGUAGGAUAUCAUUAUUCACUGAUGAUCCAACUCUAUGGCCUGAUCUAUUAUCUAUCAGUAACAGCACUACCCUCACUGCAUUCACUGCUGGUAACAGCACACACUAUUCAUUAAAUGCUAAUGGUGUCAGUGGCUAUGCAACCGGUUGGUUGAUACUAAACAUACUAAGGACAAUAUCACUCAUACUUAGCUGGAUAAUUCUUGCAUGGGUACAAUCUGCUGACAGAUUAAAAGAAUACGUCACAGCCUUGACUAUCACCUCCAGUUGAUGUAGAAUGUAAUUUUAUGCCAAAGAUGAAGUAACCAUUAUUCUAACUGUUGGUCAUAAUUAUUUUAUUAUUAUUAUUAUUAUUAUUAUUAUUAUUAUUAUUAUUAUUAUUAUAUUAAUUUUUAUUUAAGAGUAGACAGAUUCUGUAUUUCUAAAAGCUGUUACUUUAUAAUAAAAAGUAGGUAUUCACUUUCAGAAAGAAUCUUAAAC